AGGCACUGCGCAUGCCCGAGGCAACUUAAUAUGAAUGCUGCUUCACGUCUCAAGACAUCUCAAUUCCAGUAACCAGUAUGGGCAGUUAAGAACAAUAGGCCAGUUAUCUGCUGUGUCGGGGACAGACGGUUUGUAAAAACCCCACAGCGUCCCUCCUCUCUUCCCACUCAGGCAGUCCAACAAGUUUCCAGCACCAUGGCCGAAGAAGACUAUGGCAGCUUUGUGGACUGGAACCAGAUGGGGGAUCUGGCCAAGAGCAGCGGGCCCACCAAGGUUGACUGUAAAGACCUGAAAGAGUUCAAACAGAUGGCUCGGCAGGGUUACUGGGCCAAAAACCACAAACUACGGGCACAAGUCUACCAGCAGCUCAUCAAAGCCAUUCCCUGUCGUACAGUUACACCAGAUGCAGAAGUAUAUCGUGACAUUAUGGGAAAUGCAGCCACUAAGAAGCCCUCCUCUCACAUCCCACUGCCAGAGUUUGUGGAUGGAAGUCCUGUGCCGCGGUACUGUCUGAAGGCAGAGGCGGUAGCCUCAGCCCACCAGAUUAUCAACUGCCUGGCUGGACAGUUUCCAGAUAUCUCCCACUGUCCAUCACUUCCGGCUGUUACUUCUUUGCUCCUGCACUUCAGCACAGAUGAAGCUCAGUGUUUUGAGCACGUCAGCCGAAUGCUGGCCUGCAACGAGCCAGGCAAGCGACUGCUGGACCAGACUUUCCUGGCCUAUGAGUCUGGCUGCAUGACUUUUGGUGACCUGGCCAACAAGUACUGCACAGCUGCCCACAAAUUGAUUGUAGCCACAGCCCAGGAUGUGCUAGAAGUCUACUCAGACUGGCAACGCUGGGUGCUUGGUGACCUGCCUUUCAGCCAUGUGGUCAGGGUCCUGGAUGUCUACCUAGUGGAGGGCUACAAGAUUCUCUACCGUGUGGCUAUAGCCUUGCUCAAGUUCUAUCGCAAGCAUAAAGCAGGAGCACAGGGGGGCCAGGGCAACCAGCAGCAACAGGAUUCUGGCAAAGUCAGGGCAGACAUUCAGGCUUUCAUCAAGGGCAUUGCCUCCACCGUCACACCCGACAAGCUGCUAGAGAAGGCCUUUUCCAUCCGUCUGUUUAGCCGUAAGGAGAUCACUCUGCUGCAGCUCACAAAUGAAAAGUCCUUGCAGCAGAAGGGAAUCACUGUCAAACAGAAGCGGCGCAACGUGCAGCUGGCACUGAACCCUGACACCUUCUCCUCUGAGAUUGUCAGCGCCAAGGAGAUGCGGGACAUCUGGUCGUGGAUACCUGAGCGCUUUGCCCUGUGCCAACCACAACUACUCUUCACCACUUCCACCCAUGGUUGCAGCCUGAACAGAUUCUACUCACAUUGUGAAGGCUACGAACCCACUCUGCUCCUCAUCCGGACCACAGAUGGCGAUGUAUGUGGAGCCUUCCUGUCCACAGAUUGGGAGGAGCGGAAGAGAGGAGGCAACAAAUUAAGUUUUUUUGGCACAGGGGAGUGCUUCGUCUUCAGGCUUAAGCCAGAGAUGGAGCGCUAUGAGUGGGUGGUGAUCCGCCACCCUGAGCUAGCCUCCUCCAUCAAGACCCAGGGUCAAGAGGACACUGCCUCCUCUGAGGGCCAGAACUCAGACAGCAAUAGUUUACAGCAGCCAGAGAAAUCUGCUGGAGAUCUGUCGCCCUUCCUCUCCGCUCGCCACUUCAACCUUAACUCCAAGAAUACUUCCAUGUUCAUGGCUGGAAACUUUGACUCCAUCAUAGUGGGGGGAGGUGAAGGUAACGCUCUUUACAUUGACUCAGAACUGAAUCAUGGUCGCACUGGCAGGUGCACCACCUUUGACAACCCGCCCCUGUGUGCAGAGAGCUUCCAGGUUUCACUGCUGGAAGUAUGGGGUUUCCAGGAUACCAUGGCCUCGUAAUGCUGUACACAUGAACACACACUACACAUCCAUGUAGCUCAACACAUCAUACAGUCAUGGACACAUAGGUGCAUAUUGAUGAACACAAAUUUUAACACUUAAACAUAUUAAAGCAGAAAGUCAUGAUCAAAAAGUCCAGCAAAGUGUUUGAUGUGGAAAACACAGAUAUGCAAACAGAACUACAUCCGUCCUACAAAUUCAUAUAUGAUUAACUAUUUUUUAUUUAUUACUGCAAUCCAAAUUUCAACAUAUGAACAAAAAUGUCAUAUUUUUGUUUGUUUUUCGUUUAUUUUUGUAUUUUCAGAUUUGUAUUAUGGUGUACUAAUUGUGUUGAAGUAUGUGGUCAAAUGAAGGAAAUGUUCAGGAUCAAUUCUAGAUAAAGCCGACACAAGAUUCAUCGAAAGAGUGUUUUUUUGUUUUUUUUUUUUUUUCUUUAUGUCAGCUGUGAUGUAUUCAUGUUCAUGCUGAGCUACAAUAUUUAAAUUUCUGAAUGUAAAUUCAGUACUUUGUUUUCUGGUUUAGCUCACUCUGCCAAAUUUACUGUACAGCUAUCUCUGCAUUCCUUAAAAAUCUAUCAUUUACCAGGUUUACGAUGAAUUGUGUGAAGUCAAGUCUUCUUGGUGAUAAGUGUUUUUAAAUGUUGAAAGAACAGCGCUAAGAUGUAUUACAGUUGUACCAGGUUAGCUAGAUGUUUGGCCAAGUCCUGUUGCACUUCCCCACAUUUUUUGAUUUAUUGUACAUAUGUGGGAGAUCUGCUGAAUUAAUUAAUGUGGUACAUGUUUGUCAAUAUCGGUGGUGAAUUUGAGUGUUGCCAUUUUGCACCAUAUGUCAAAGCUUUCUUUUGAAUGAGUGACAGUGUUUCCUGUAUAGUAAAUGAAUAUUCAUGUGAAUAACAGUACAAACUUUUUUUUUUUUUUUUUUUUUUUUUCUAAGCAAAAUCUCAAAAUGUGUUUUUGGUUUACAAGUAAUGGAGAUUAAUUCAGUUUGUUCAUCCUUCUCUUCUUUUGACCAUUUUCCUGUAACUUCCGUCCUUUCUCCUGUGAAAAUAGUAAUGAAAGAAGUCCAAAAUUGUGCCCUGUUGGCAAAGUGUUGUUGGGGUUAUAUAACCUAUUUGUAUCUGUAUGGUCAAAUAUGUCCUCCAGUGAAACAUCAACUGAGUAACUACAAAUGUAUUCUACCUGUGAAAA